AAUCCCAUAUCUCAUCCUUUUGUCAUUUAAUUGAACCUUUUUUCUAUUAUUGUACAGAACAUGAAACUUGGUAGCAAGGGUAGGGAAAUGUUUCCAUACUAGAAGCCACUUUUUGCUCUCCUCAUUGGAUGGUGUUUUCUCAACCAUCUUUAUAAACUGGCAAUCAAACAAAAGUCCUAUUCAAAGCUAAAGACUCUUUCUCUCUCUGUCUUCAGCAAGAUCUGUAUAUAUAACUCAAACAACAUAAAAAGAGAUGUCAUGAAACCCUGAAAGUCCAAAACCAAAACAAAUAUUUGAGACCCAGAUCAUAAAUUUAAGUUUUCUCUCUCCCAUAUUGCUUAUUCUUUGUUCCGUUGUUCUUUCUCCAUGUCGGAUCAUGAAUUUAGAGACUUCUACUACCGUGCAAGUACAUUCCACAACGAUAACCAGCAAAGUGUUGGUGAAACAGCUGACAUGUAUAGGGUUUCAGCAUCAUCAGUUGAUCCUUCAUACAUGAGUUUCACUGAUUGUUUACAUAGUAGUUCCAUGGACUAUGGUUCACUUGAAAAAGCCUUUGGUUUGUCACCUUCAUCCUCUGAAGUGUUUUCUUCAGUCGAAGGCUGCAAUCAGACGACGAAGCACCAGGUUGGUGCAGGGGAUUUAGGAGGCAAUAAUACUAGUGAAGUUGUGACAACUCCUAAUUCUUCUAUUUCUUCUUCCUCAAGCGAGGCUGGUUGUGAAGAAGAUUCAGACAAGAGUAAGAAAGAUAGGCAGCCAAAAGGAUCGGAAGAUGGAGGAGAAAGCUCUAAGAAAGGCAACAAGGCAAAAAAGAAAGAAGAGAAAAAGCAAAAAGAACCACGAUUUGCUUUCAUGACUAAAAGUGAAGUUGAUAAUCUAGAAGACGGGUAUAGAUGGAGAAAAUAUGGACAAAAGGCUGUGAAGAACAGCCCAUUUCCAAGAAGCUACUAUAGGUGCACUACUCAGAAGUGUACAGUCAAGAAAAGGGUUGAGAGGUCAUUCCAGGAUCCAUCAAUUGUGAUCACAACAUACGAGGGUCAACACAACCACCCACUUCCCACAACACUGAGAGGAAGCGCAGCAGGGCUAUUCCCACCUUCCAUGUUAACGCCAUCGCCACAGGCGGGGCCAGGCUUCCCGCACGGAUUGUUUAUGCAGAUGCCUCAUCACAUGAAUUAUAGCCAAGCUGGUACAGAUUCAAUGUUUGCGGAAAACUUUAGCCCUUUUCAGCAGUACCACUACCAUCAGGUUCCUGACUAUGGACUUCUUCAAGACAUGGUUCCUUCCAGGUUCCUUAAGCAAGAACCAUGAGUCUCUUCUACAUCUUUUACUCCUUGUAUAUACAUAUAUAUUUCAUAUAACUUCUCUAGAGCCUAAGAAUUAUUCUUCAGUUACGGAUCUGAAAAGGCCUAACAUCAAGGACUAGAUGGGAGUGGGAAUAUGCUUUUCUUUGCACUUGAAAACUUGGUUGAGUUGCCAUAUGCAUUUAGUGAAAAAUGCUUCUUUGAUAGUAGACGGCUGAGGGUGAUCAUAGUUGAUUUUGAAGGAAAAAAACCUAGUUUUGAGAGGAUUUGCUUUGUUUAUCAUCAUCCUUGAUGGAAUUAUUAAUGAAGAAUGCGAUUAUAAAUUUCCUUUAGUACUUUUCUUGAGCUAGCUAGUUUAUGAUCUGAACUCUGAAUAAGCAAAAUCGGGUUUGAACUUUCCAAAGUGAU